AUGACGUUCUUCUUUUUCUUUUCUUUGUCUGCUCCAAGACAAUCUCAAAUUGCGACUAAAUGCCUCUCAUGUUCCGCAAUAGCAAUUCUGCUUUCAUUCGCUUUUCUAUUUUCAUCGCACGGAUCUUUUGUUAAGAUGUCAUCCGUUAUUCAUGCACUCACUGGACAUGGUGUUCAUCCAGAAAAGAAUUCCAAUUCGUCCGCGGUUCACACAGUUACAUAUGAAGAUGUCAAAGUUAAAUCCGUAGUUAGUAGCCAUACGGAAACCAAAUCCGCUCCAUCAGAUGCAAAAAGUAAAAUGAAUGAAUUGAUGUCUAAAUUGGGUUCGACACAUGCGCAAAUUGAUGAAUAUUCACGUCGUCGUACACAAGAAAUAUCAGAGGCUGUCAAGGGUAGUAUAGAUAAGAUUGUUCAUCUGACACAAGUGCAACAACAGCAGUUGCUCGAUGACGCUGCAAAAGAAACGAACAAAAUUGAAGACGAAUUUAAGAAUCGAUUGAUGGUGGCGAUCAAUGAACUUGAUCAAGAUAAAGCAACGCAGUUAGUGGAUUUAGAAAAGGAUUUGAAUCUUCAUCAAGAACAGAUUCUUGAAUCAGCUCGCAAACGUAUUGAUGCAGUUCAUGAGGAAGCAAAUCGAUUAAAGAUGAAUAUUCUCAAAGAAGCUCAAGCGAAGACAAAUUCAAAGAUCGAAGAAAUUACUGAAAAAGUAGCACAGCUUGGAGCCGAGGAUGCAGGUCGUCGUUUAUCGACGAAAACAACAACAAUCAUAACCACGCAAGCACAAGCUGAAAGUCAUCCGACUAAACACAAUUGA